GCGGAUUUUUAUGCAUUCAUGUUCAUUUGAAGCACAUUACAUGGGUUUAUUGUCUCCUGGGAUUUUUUUUUAUCUCGCAUCAGGCAGCUGACCCGUCAGUCUCAGGCAGACAGCCCUGCGGAAGAUGACUGUUCAUAACUUGUAUAUAUUUGAUCGCAAUGGCACCUGCCUUCACUACAGCGAGUGGAACCGCAAGAAACAGGCCGGAAUCUCCAAAGAAGAGGAGUUUAAGCUGAUGUACGGGAUGCUGUUCUCCAUCCGCUCUUUCGUCAGUAAGAUGAGUCCACUGGACAUGAAAGACGGAUUCCUGUCGUUCCAGACCAGCCGCUAUAAACUGCAUUAUUAUGAAACUCCCACAGGAAUCAGGCUGGUGAUGAACACAGACCUCAGUGUGCCGAACUGCAGAGAAACCCUGCAGCAGAUCUACAGCACUUUGUAUGUGGAUUUGAUCGUGAAGAACCCGCUGUGUGUUCUGGGUGAGUCUCUGCAGAGUGAACUCUUCAACUCUAAGCUGGACUCCUUCAUCCGAGCGCUACCGUUCUUCAGUGUGCGCGCAGCAUGAGCCCACAUCCCUUUAUCCCUUCAUCAUCACAAUAAAACACCACCAGCUUCUGUUCGCAUUCACUCUGUUCCCCAAUCACUGCUCAGUUCGUACUUGUGUUGAAUUUAAAUAAAUAACUCUUUUUAUGACGUUA